AAUACAAGAUGGCGGAGAGUGCGGAACUGAAGCAAAUGGUGAUGAGCCUGCGGGUGUCUGAGCUCCAGGUGCUGCUGGGGUACGCCGGGCGCAACAAGCACGGACGUAAGCACGAGCUUCUAACCAAGGCAUUGCAUCUGCUAAAGGCAGGCUGCAGCCCCGCCGUGCAUAUGAAGAUCAAAGAGCUGUACCGCAGACGCUUCCCUGCAAAAAUGGUGUCGCACUCCGAGCUUUCACUGCCCGGACCGCAUCACCCAGCCACAGCGGGGGUGGUUGGAGGAGGUGGAGCUGCUUUGCCUCCUGGCUUGACACAGCUGGCGUACGAGGGCCACGCGGGUCAUGGUGGAGCCCCGUCACCUGCUGCCUUAAUACCUCUCUCGCUACUCGGUCCUGGGAAACACGAGCUUACUGGGUUGACACACCACAUGUCCGCCGUGGUCCCGCUGCACCCCGUCCACCCAGAUGUGAAGCUCCAGAGGUUGCCAUUUUAUGACAUGCUGGACGAGCUCAUCAAGCCAACCAGUCUAGCUUCGGACAACAGCCAGAGGUUUCAGGAGACGUGUUUUGCCUUCGCAUUAACGCCACAGCAAGUCCAGCAGAUCAGCAGUUCAAUGGACAUCUCGGGGAGCAAAUGUGAUUUCUCAGUUCAAGUCCAAUUGCGGUUUUGCCUGUCAGAGACGAGCUGUCCUCAGGAAGAUCAUUUUCCACCCAGUUUGUGUGUGAAAGUAAACAGCAAGCCGUGUAACCUGCCGGGUUAUCUUCCUCCGACCAAAAACGGUGUCGAGCCAAAGCGGCCCAGCCAACCCAUCAACAUUACCUCACUGGUCAGAUUGUCCACCACAGUCCCUAAUACCAUUGUGGUGUCCUGGACUGCUGAAAUUGGAAGGAAUUACUCUAUGGCAGUGUACUUGGUGAAGCAGCAGUCAUCCACAGUGCUUUUACAGAGGCUUCGGGCUAAAGGCAUAAGGAACCCAGACCACUCCAGAGCACUGAUCAAAGAGAAGCUAACAGCAGACCCAGACAGUGAAAUAGCCACAACUAGCCUUCGUGUGUCCUUGCUCUGCCCGCUCGGAAAAAUGCGGUUGAUGAUUCCAUGCCGGGCGCUGACAUGCUCCCACCUACAGUGCUUUGACGCCACACUGUAUAUUCAAAUGAACGAGAAGAAGCCCACCUGGGUCUGUCCUGUCUGUGACAAGAAGGCCCCUUAUGAACACCUGAUCAUCGACGGGCUUUUUGUGGAGAUCCUGAACAGCUGUAUGGAUUGUGAUGAGAUCCAGUUCAAGGAAGAUGGGAACUGGGCCCCCAUGAGGACAAAAAAUGAAGUACAGGAAGUCUCUUUUGUUGCUUUAAAAAGUAGCCUGAAUGGUCAGUGUCCAACAUCUUUGAGCUCAGAUCAGCAGAGCUCGUUGUCAGCCAACCACAGCAGCGACAGCAGCAACGGCAAGAAAAUGGCCGUGAUCGACUUGACAUUAGACAGCUCCUCAGAAGACGAAGAACAGGAAUCGCCGCCGCCACUGCCGCCACCACCCCUGCCUCCAUUGCCUCCUCCCACCAAACGAUCCUGUCCGUCCAUUUCCCCGACAUCGCCGCCAGUCCUCAACAAAGGGGUGUUGAACCUGCACCACCAGGCCUCCCCGGUGAGUCGUGCGUCCAGCAUGACAGCUGUGGACACUAGCUACAUGCCCCCUGUCCCCCCACUGAUCCAGGACUAUAGACCCUACUACCACACCCCCAAUGACCUUCCAGAUUUGAACUUCUUCUCUUUCCUGCAAGGUGACAAUCAUCAGCAUUACAACAUGGUGAUGGCAGCGGCGGCGGCCGCCUCGGCCUCAGAGGACCACGAGCUUCUGCUCAACCGCUUCCUGCCCUACAGCACCUCCAGCUCCUCAGCCUCCUCCCAGCUGUUCCUCGACCAAUCGGUAGCCAAUUCGGCAUCUUUACUGACUUUGCCGACCAACGGGGCCAGCAGCUCAGGCAGCAGCAGUAGCAGCAGCCUGGUGUCGUCCAGCAGCAUCCGGGACGCUCACUCCUUGUCCUCACACUCGCAUGCCGGGGUGCUGGGUGGCCGGGGCAGCGCAGAAGCAGCGGUGGCAGCUAUUUACGGAGGAAUUCCUGACGUUAUAUCGUUGGACUGACUCACAAAGAGCCAGGCUCGAUCCAACAAUUAAUUUAACUGCAGGGUAGAGAACUGACUCACAAACUAGACUAGAAUCAUUGGAGUGUAAGAGGCGCACCAGGAGGACUUGACAGAGGUGUUGGUUCAAACAGUCGUGAAGGUCAGCUGAGCACAUGGGUUUUGACUUUUUCAGUGGCUCACGUUCGGGCUACCGGUCCCAGCAUGGCACAAACAGCAAAAACACAAAGGAGGACAGCUCUUUUUUAAUGAACACAAGGUGGGGCAGCAUGUACAGAGAACAAAAUCUAUUUUCUUCUUUUACUUUUGUAUGUUCAACUGGGAUACGUCCAGAGUAGCGAGCUGCUUCAACUGCUGUUUUUGACCACGUUAUAGUUUGUGGUUCAUAUGUAAUGUAUGGCUCCUGCCCUGUUUAGCGAUAUCGUGGUUUCAAAGUCAUCACUACAUCUUUCCCCCGAAAGUCUGCUCCAGUCAUUUCUCACUUUUACCCAAAAUAUAUAUUCCUUUACAUGUUCAGGUUACACUGAUCGUGUGAUAGGGAAUGUGCAGGUGGAGCGGCCAUAUCUCAGGGUUCCUACGUAAGUGUGGUAAGUAUGGAAUUUGAUUUCAUAGAUUGCCAGGUAAAAGUAUGGGAAAAUUGAAACAAGACUGUUACAGCAGCUCUAUUUUCUAAAACAAAAAAAUGAUGACUACCCAAAAAAAGGUAUAGAUCGAUCUGAAAUUGUUUUCGUAAAACUUUCCAUUUUGACUACAAAACGCAUGAAAUUAGGAUUUGGUAGUUUCAUUCGUUAUUUUUGUUGGCAAGUGACCAUGGUAUAAGCAGGUUAAUGUACAAUUAUCAGGGAUCUAUGGACCGUCCUCCGCGGCACGUCGGUUCACGCCUCUACGUCGUCCAUUAAUCCCUGAUCAUUGUACACCUUGUCGGGCAUUAACCCUAAAUUCUGAAGAUAAAGACCGGUUGGCGAAGAAUCCCUUAUUAUCCCCCCCCCCCCUGGAAAUUAUUUGUCGACAUAAUGGCAUGUAAAGAAUCAGAAUGAUAUACAUUCUGUAUACUCCAAUGUCACAAAUUAUUAGAAAAUUUUUUUUUUUUGCCGAGAAGUCUGGAAAUUAGGGUCUAGAAAAAGUAUGGAAUGUUGGAAAUCUCAAAUGUGUAGGAACCCUGAUAUCUACUUCUGGUUUAUCAUUUGCACUCCUUUUGAAGACCCCGUCCACAUCCAGCAUUUAGACUGUUUUGGGAGCUUUGCAUAAUUUAUAUAUGUAAAUCAGGAGAUGGAAGAGUAUUUUCUUUUUUCUUUUGCUUAAUGCCAAAAAUAACAAGGUACCUUGAUGCUGAUCAGAGUGCACUCAAAAAGUGAGUCCUCUUGUGUCUUUCUUUGGACACUUAAACCGCAUUCUUGGAGACAUUCUUGCUCAACCGUUCAGAAUAAAUGAACAAUGCAGUUGAAAGUCAAACCGCAGCCCUUCUGUAGUAGUUGUGCCAAGGCGGAAUAGGAGGCGGUGACCGAGAUUCAACGAGUACCUGUUUGUGUAAAUGCUUCACUGCACGUUAGGGAUGAAGGAGUCAAAAAGGAAGGUCUUAAUAUGUCCCCCGUUUUUGGAAACGUUGACGCAUUGAGGAGGAGUUGACAAAAAGGUUGUUUCAACAUUAAACGUACAAGCCACAUGAAACAAAAUAACGGACAGGAACUCAGUCCAGUGACAGCCAUUCAAGCAAAUGUAAACACAGUAAUGCAGAGAUACUAAUUUCAAGCAAAAAAGGGACUAGUUGAGUGUCCAGAUAAAUUUGGGCCAUUUUGCAGGUUUUGUGUGGCUGUACCCCUUAGCCCAGGUCAUGCUCUUCUUUUUCAGGCCUCAAAUUGGUUGAAACUGAAUCAACAGUGCCUCAGCUGGCUGCAGCCAAGUAGUGCACUGCAUUUGACCUCCUUUUUGUUUUGUUUUUCAAAACGUAGUUCAACAAUAAACUCCACAUAAUCGUCAAUUAAUCGACAAAUUGGUUGUUAUGCCCAUCCCUACGUUCAAACUUGAAUUUGUAAAUUCUUUCCGACCAUAUUUCUAUUACAUCUUUCGUCGGAUGUUCUUCAGAAGUUCCACUGUGCGAUGCACAUGUUCAACUGAUACGUCUGCAAGCUAGUCCGUGUGUGAAGUUGAAGCGUCCUCACCAGGCGGCCAUUGAACUGGAAAUAUCAGUUUCCCUCAUGAAUGUACAGUACGAUACAUUUGUUGGGUGUUAGACACAUUGCAGUCUUUGUGUCCCGAACCAGAGCAAAGCCUCGCAAUCAGCUCACAUUUGCCUCGGCUAUAGUCAAGCUCACCAAUGUUUUACCCUCCACGUCUUGAAACUUCUUUGCUGUCUUCUUAUUCGUCUCCUUUCCAGGAUUCCACUCCCAGACGUCUGCAGUCAGACAAAACAUUCCCAAGCGUCACUGUGUCUCUAAUCACUGCUGACAACAAGUGCCAUUUGUUUUUGUUUUUUGUUUUUUUGCCGCGCACGGUCCUGUAGCCAGGUGACCCACUUUGAAUUCACUCUCGCCCCUCAUUGAGCAGUCCAAAUGAAGUCUGAGCCAUUAGUUAGCAUUUUUUUUGUACUUAUGUGAACGGACCAAACAAGGAUCGCCUCUGGCGAUGGUCCCAGCUCGCUUCGCUUCAAGUCCAUAGAAGAGCUUUCAGAACAAAUGAUUCACUUUGCCUUCUCUCCAUUGUACAGGAUCUCCCACUAAGUGCAUCGUAGCUUUUGGGACACCCUGCAUUGACUGAGGUCCCAUUAGAUCUGAAGAGAGCCAGAAUAAGAAGUGGGUCCUUUUUCAAAUGAAUUCACCCAAAAAAACAAAACACUUCAAACUGAUUUCAUCUUCUCACAAGAAACAACCCAGUCUAUAAAACACAAUCAUUUUUGAGAGUUAGCUCUCUUGUCUUUCCUGUGUUGUGCACUAUUGUAUUUAUUUGGUAUUAUUUCUAUGUAUGUGUGCGUAUCUAUUUUUAUUUCUGUGGGAGAACGUGUAUGUCACUAUCAUUCCAGAUCUGUUUUGUUACAUUAUGUAUUUAACUUGGUUUGACAGCAGCGUUCUUUCUCACAAAAGGUACAGUUAAGUUAUUAACUCAUUCAGUUUCUUGAGAGCUUUAAUAGAGUAAGAACGCUAGCCAGCUCAUGCAAAAGUCAUAAUGACUGAUUGCAUGUAGCAUCCCUUCCUGUCAUUAUGAUAAUGGGUCCGUUCAUAAUUACAUAAUGGCAAGUCAUUGGAGGAUUUAUUUGACUUUAACCUGUCACAGGUGCACUUAUUGGACCUUCUCUAAACACAUGGUGGCAGAAAGUGGGUCUAAACUUACGCUUGCUGGGACCCCGUCUAUGUCUGGUGCUGUUCUAAUGCGAUUUUGGUGUAUUUGAUCAGGCCACAGGUAGACAGAUCCGCAAGCUCCACGGACGUGUGGUGGAUGUCAGAUGUAUUCCAUUCAUAAAUAUGUGAACAGCAGACAUCAAACCCUCUGCAUCAUUGUAGAAAUCAAUUCAUAGAACCUUUUAUUAUUAUUUUGAGUAGUAGUCGUAUAUUUUUGAAAUCAUCCCACAGAGCCUGGCGGCGUCAAGCUCCAGUCUUGUAUGGAUCGCUGCGAUUACGUCCUCUUCCGCACAGAGAUUUUGCCAUGCGAGACUGUCAUAUUGUGCCAUAUUUAAAGGGAAUGAGAGGAGGCGCUUUGAUUGGACCUGAUUGAAGUUGGAUGUGUUCAUACAGACAGCGGUGCAGGCCUCCCUCUUUUAAAUAAUCUCAUCUGCGCAAUUACCAAAACCUGUUCUAAACCGCCUCUGCGCAGCAUGCCGGAUUUACACUGGUCAUGAAAAUAGAGCCCAUGGAAUUAAAAAAUUCCGAGGUCCAUUUAUGUUCUCCUGUGAAGGUUAUAGUGCAAUUUAGGUUCAUCCUGCAGUUUCACCCGAAAACAGAAUUUCCCUAACUUUUGGUCAGUAGUGUUUAUUGAACCUUUUUUUUUCUAUUCUUAAAGCACUGACAAAAAAAAAAAAACACGCACACACACACAAAAACAAAAACAAAAAACAGUGCAAUAUUUCAAGGAAGUAGCAAUCCUGCAGUUGCUCACUCAGUGAUUUUGACUUGUGGAUUAGAAAGUGUUUUCUAAUGAUGCCUUUCACAUGCAACCCAGGUUGAAGGUGUUCAACAUUGAGUUUCCAGUUAGAUUAUGUUCUGUAGUGACAUGGACAGUUGUGUAAACACUCCUAAAUAUUUGAACCAAUUCAAUAUAUUGUAACUUGGAUCCUGGCUGUGUAUCGGACUACGAUAUGUGGGUGAAGUAUGGGGGUGUUGCAGGCCGUGUUGAAUGUGUUUCUGCUCAAGUGCCCUGCCUUGGAUGGAUGGAUGGACGGAUGGAUGGAUGGACAGAUGGACAGUGCGAGCGGGCCAGAGCCCAACCCAGCCCACCCUGCACUGAAACCGACGGAUUAAAUGCGGCCACUCCUCAAAAAUGGUCAUGAUGUGUCCAACUGAAAGGGAAAAUUGAAUAAUGUAUAUUAUGCCUGUACGGAAUCCUGAAUAUUACGAUCCAAACGUGUUCGAUGUUCGUUUGUAUGCUUUUUGUGUCGAUUCGGAGCCGCCCGAGGAAAGUAAUUUAUAUUUUUUAAGAAAAUGGAAGCUGUAUCGAACAAUGGAAGAAAGGACUGUGGCCAAUGAAGAGUGUCAUCGAGCUGUAAGAGUCACCACCUGCACUCAAUGCCUUAAAACAUGCACAGGUUUGGUUUCGUGGCUCCAACUCCAAAGCCACACAAGGCUUUUAAAGAAAAGGACUGUGCAGACUACAGUAAACCCUUGUCAGUUUGUACAAAUGUACCAAGUGGAAGAAAAAUAUUUAUUACAUGCGUUGGAAUAAAUUGUUUACUUCUUGAAUGUUAACUGUUUAUGUAGAAAAGGUUUAGAUGUAUUAAAAGUGCAUUCUCCUA